GUCCUUUUUUGGGAUAAAAUGUAAAUAUAUAUACCCAGAAAAAUAACAUAGUACAAUGCAUCAAAACUAUCUAAGCUAGUCUAUACUAGCUAUAAAUAGUAUCCAAACCUUCCCCUACCUCAGAAAAGAAAUAUAAACUAGCACGGGACAGGCCCCGGUUUAGUUCAAAACAGUCCAUCACAAGCAUAAAACAAAAAUUCAAAAAUCUUCGUAGUCUUUUUGUGGCUUCAUUGUUAUAAUAGUUUUCUUUGUUCCAUCUCUACACGUUAUCUCAACCUCGUGAAACAUCUCCGAGUCCAUAGUGUCACUCGAUUUCUCACUUGAAGAGUCCUCCUCUUCGGAAUCCGCACGGUCGGGGUUCUCCACCUCGAUGUUACUUGGUUCCAAUCUCUCAACAACCUGUUUUGUAGGCUGGGCAGCAGGCGGAGGUACAACAACAAUCGCGACAGGAAGCUUGGAAGGCCCCUGAGCAUGUUUCUCAACCAUGGCAAUCCCCUGGGCAAUUUUUUGUGAAGACCCGGUCGGGUCUGGUCCGUACCCGGGCGAGUAAGGGACACAGGCAGCAGUUGUUCCAGGCUGGGCACAUGGCCCGGACGGGCCAAGGGCAUACCCUGUCGGGUUUGACCCUUGGGCAGUUUCUGCCGGGCCAGUAAGCUCAAUCCCUAUUUUUCCAUUCUUUUCCAAGCUACAAUCAUUCUUUCUUGCUACAUCUUCCCUCUUGGCUAGCUUCUUACAAAUAAAUGGGUGAUGCCCAAAUUCUUUGCAAUGAAAGCAAAAAUUAGGAAACGUUUCAUAAACCACACUUUGUUUAAUUACCUUUCGGGAAGGUAACCGUAUAGGAAAGUGUAGUGGUGGCGGCUUGGAAACAUCAACCUCUAUCAAUACUCUAGCAUAAUCAUUGUUUGCCCUCUCUUGAGUGAUUUUGUCCGUGGUUAUUGGAAUCCCGACCAUAGAUGCCACCUCACUCAUAGCCUCGUCAUUCCAUAAACUCAUUGGUAGGUUAGGGAACUUUAUCCAAAUUGGUAUUUUUAGAAAUUCCUCAUCCUCAAAAGUGAAGUCCUCCGAAAGUUCUUUAAGCAUUAGGAGUUUCCCAAACACCGUAUAAGGUCCUUCAUGUAGUACCUUGGCUCUAUCCUCCUCAUUUUGGAACUUAAAAAUCAACCAAUCUUUAUUAUGAGACCUUACUAGGCAUUUAACUCCCCAUGUAGCUUUCAUAGCGUGAACCGCUUUGAGUCCGGGGAACUUUCCCGUGAAGAGUCCCACUAGACAAUGGCUCCACAUCUCAACCAUCGAGGGUAGUGUCCGGUCACCAAAGUCCAAAGUAUCACCUUUGGGAGGGACGUAUCUCAAUUUGAUGUCGUGCUUUGGAUCCCGAUUGUCCUUAAAAAGAGCAUUCCAAGGAGUUGUUGCCGUUUUUGCAAUCUGCCCAGCAUUAGGAUCCACCUGCGCUUUGUGCUUUAGAGUUUCUGCCAAAGUACUCUCUUUCACUGCCAGAGUUUUAGCAGCAGGUGUCUUUGCAUCAGGAGUCUUCCCGGCAGGUUCAGUAACCUUCCCAGUAGCAGCAGCACUGCCCAGCGCCACAUUCUUAUUAACGCCCAGGGAUUUUGCAGACUGCCCAGUAGCAAGAGCAGUUUUAGCAUUGUUUCCAGCCUUAGUAGCAGAUUUUUCAUUCUUAGUAGAGCUUAGCGUAGGAAAUUCAUCCUCAAGCCCAUCCAGCAGCUCAAAACCUGCUCUGGACCUGGUUAUUCUGGCUGAAUACUCCCCCUUGUUCUGUUUGAUUUUAACCAUCUCUGCAGGUCACCCCUGAAAUUCGUCGCCCCUGAAGCUAAAGCAGAAGAAACGGCGCAGGUGAAUAGUACCCGAAAUCUGUCCAGAAAUCUGCAGUUCCACUGACCAACCUUCCUCGCUCAGAAACAGGGUAUGAAAUCAAACAAGUUACAGAACCUCAAUUUCAGAAUCGGCAAGUCUGAAAACUAAGCUUUAACAGAAUACAUACGCUAACAGCAACAAUCGCGAACCAGAACAUUUUUAGGUUUAGAGCUGUAAACUAACAUUGUAAAUCAGAGAGUUUCGAUUCAGAAACACUAAGAAAUGAACUGGAAUCAAAUAAUCGUGAACAGUAAAAUCAACGCCUCAACAUCGCGUUUUUGAGCUUUUGGCCGAAGUACAUCGUUCUAAAACCAAAUCCAAGGUCAGAUAAGGAAUUAGGGAGGACUGACGACCAAUAACAACAAAAAACGACAAUCUACCUCAUGUCCUUGCCGCUGGGAACCGUCAUCAAACUCAUAUCCCAGGAAUCCAUGGUGGGGGCACUCGAAAAUGUCUACGGCAGUAUCGCUGAACUCAGCGACACCUACUUGCAGCCAGACAUGAAAAAGGACUCCUUCUUGAACCCUAAACAGCCGUUUCUCUCUCCUGAUGUUCCACUCCUCAUGCCGGCCGACUAUGGUGGCGCUAAUUCAACGGAGACCAAGAAGCUUUACGUCUGCAGUGUCGUCAGCGGCACUAUAUCCACUGCUUAUUCCAUCCACCCUAAUGUUGUUUGUUCGAACCGCAAUACUAUAUAUUACUCGGGUGAUGGGAAUACUAUUUGCCCUGGGUGCAAUCGAGCUAUGAGCACCGUGGCGACUUACGUCUCUCUGGUAAAGAAGGCGGUGACGUCUUAUUUUGGGGAUGAGGGUGGUGGGUUUGUGAGAGGGGUUGUGAGUUAUAUGGUGAUGGAUGACUUGAAGGUGAUGCCUCAGUCUACCAUUACUGCCAUAACCACACUCAAUGAAAACAACGUUA